AUGUUAGUCUUCAAAUAUGUUAUUAUCAAGGACAAAAUAGAUCAGAAAAAAUUUGCAGAUUCGUUACUAAAGUUUUAUGAACACGCCGUCAUAACUUUAGAUGCUAGAGAAAUAAAGUACAUGCACAACCAAGUAGUCAACAUGAAGUCGACUAUAAUAUCAUCGCUUUUUGUGAUUGCAAUAUCAGUUGCACAUGGAGGAAGCGUCCUUUCACGACCAAGUCACAGUCUGGACAAGAUUUCCGAUGGUAAGCCCUUUAAUGAAGCAUCCACUUCUGGGGAAAAGGGUCUGGGAGCCGGCGAGACCAAGUCAUUGAGAAGUUAUAAACGGAAAAUAGAACCACUUUCCAAAGGUGUAUCCAAGGCACUUAAAAAGACAGGGAUGUUGGAAAAACUUGUUGACACUGAUGCCGUAAAGGAAAUUGACGAAUCCGACUCCAAGGAGAUUGAUACGGAAAUUCAAGAGCCAGAGUUGAAAACAGGAGAUAUCCCGGGCAUUACAGAGAGAGUGGCUCACAUUAAUGCUUCUGUUGCGAAAUCUAGCGGCACUGGUGCUAACAAGAAGAAAGUUAUAAGGGAGAUUACCCCUGGUCUUGUCAAGGAUAGAAUUGCCAAGUUUGAAUCGAGAAAUCAUGCCACCCACGCUAGCCCAAAGAGAGGAGCUCCAAAGAGGGUACAUUUCAAAUCUGAAUCUGAAACUCCUCCUGAAGCAGCUUCUAUUGUUGCUCCUCGUACUGCUGUCGCUGGUAAAGCUGAUGGAGGUAGUGGUAGUGAAUCUGAGGAUAAACCUAAAGAUGUCACUAAAACUGCUCCUAAAGUUACUGAUCCUGUUACUGGAUCUGGAGAAGCCAAGGGUGAGUCAUCUACUCCGGAAGAUAAGGAUAAAGUUCAAACUGAUGAAGGUGUUACAGAAGUUAAAAAGGAUGUUAGUGCUGUUAAAUCUCCUGAACCCGCUGGAGGAGAAGCUCCUGCUCCUAGUCCAUCUAGUACUCCCGAAGCUAAAGUAUCUUCUGAAGAUACUGCUGGAACAUCUCCCAAAGCUGAACCUGAACUACCAGAGCCAGAGAAACCUGAAGAACCAUCUACUAACAAAGAAUCCAAAGAUGAACAUCCAAAACCAACUAAACCCAAGAAGCAAGUAUCUACUGAUGAACUAUCCGAGUGCAAGAAAAAGGCUCUGGAGCUUUCUAGAGAGGCAGGUGAUGGAGUAGACGCAUUAAAGGAGGCGCAGGCCAAAAUACGCAAAUACGUUAGAGAAUCUGAGAAGCUCGUUAGACGCGCAAAAUCCACAAGGGCUACGAAAUUGCUGGACACUGCAAAAGAGUUGCGUGCCGCCUUUUAUAAAAAGUUUGAGAAAACCUACCCGGGUCUUGCGGAAAUUCAUUCCACCUCCCUUGCCAUUUCCAAUAGACUUGGCAGAUUUGAGAAAAAGAAGAAUGCAGGUGUUUUAAAAUACGAAGUGACUAGUGCGACCAAGACGCUUAAAAAGUUUGAUAGUCGCCUUCAGGGGUCUUUGAAGGAUACAAGGGAUUACACUAAAGUCAUGAUUGCCAAGGUAAAGGCCGUAACUGACAAGAUAAAGAGUGCAUGCAAAGCAGAUUCAGGGGUUAAGGUUGAAGAUGAACAGGUAGAAAAGGAGGCAAGCAGUCCUAAAACUGCAAAAGUCCAAAAGGUAAAACCACAGGAAAAGGAAGCAGAGGUACAAAAAAGGAAAUUGGAACCCGCAACAAGGGAAAGCGUAGAGCUACCGAACACCCCUUCAGAGCUCCAAAAGAAACUGAGACAAGACAUCUCGGAUGCCACUGAAAAUAUUAAAAAAAGAAAAGGACUAGCAGAAGAGGUCAAGAAUGAAAUAAAACAACUAAAAGAGCUGGAUACAAACUCUGACAAGUCCUUUGACAAGGAAAUUGAACGUUUAACAGAACUCAAAAAGAAGGUGAACGAAUCCAUCCUAAAGACCUUCCCAAAGGUAGGACGAAUCUACCGCAACUCCGAUAGACUGAUUGCGGAUAUGGAUGGAAAGUCUAGCGAAAAAAAUGAUGAGCUUGUGAAAAAGGUAAAGGAGGCUACCAAGGAUGACCAGACCUCCCUCAAGGAACUCGAAGAGGAAUAUAACGAGUUGGCCGACAAUUUUAAGGGGAUAAAGGAUACAGCUGAGCUUAGUCGCUAG